UCUAAACGGGGCACAUGGUUUUAACACAAUGUAAACAGAACCUCACAAAAUACGUGCGACAAACUGUGGUAAAUGUGUAUAAAGUGCGUUGUGUUUCCUAAAACAAACUUAUGUUCCGUUUUAUUGAGAAUCGUGCAAGUGCGAAUUUCCGGCAGUUUUAUUGACAGCGCUCGCAACUGGAAUUUGCGAAAUUUCUGCAGCAAAUACGGAAGUCAAACAACGAAAAUAGGUCAAGGGUCUAUAAAACGGAGGCACUCAGAGUUCACAAUGAGUAAAAGAAAAUCAGAUGAUGUAGAUGAAGAAAAUGUGACGAAAACGGCAAAACUUUCCGACGACGCUGAAGAUGGUUAUUCGAAAGCUACCAAUACAGAACCAGAAGGUUUGGGAGAUAUAUUCCCAGUCACUCCUGAAGAGUCUAAAGAUCCUAAGGCAAAAUUAGAAACCAAAGCGCUGAAAGCAAAACGUCCUGGAUUUACUGAUGAUCGUUACAACGAAACAUCAUAUUACAUAGAAAAUGGUCUCAGGAAAGUAUACCCGUACUACUUCACAUUCACGACGUUUACGAAAGGCCGCUGGGUCGGUGAAAAAAUCCUCGACAUCUUCUCCAGAGAGUUCAGAGCCCACCCAGCCGAAGAAUACGAGAGGUGCAUCGAAGCGGGUACUCUGACCGUUAAUUAUGAAAAAGUUCCCACUGACUAUAAACUAAAGCACAAUGAUCUUCUGGCCAACAUUGUACAUAGGCACGAAGUACCAGUCACUAGUCAACCCAUCGCCAUUGUACACAUGGACGAAGACAUAGUGGUGGUCAACAAACCUGCCUCUAUCCCUGUUCAUCCUUGUGGAAGGUACAGGCACAACACGGUCGUCUUCAUCCUCGCAAAGGAGUACAACCUGAAGAACCUCCGCACAAUUCACAGGCUGGACCGACUAACCAGUGGCCUUUUGCUUUUUGGAAGAACUCCCAAAAAGGCUAGGCAAAUGGAACACCAAAUCAGGAAUAGGCUUGUUUUGAAGGAGUAUGUUUGUAGAGUUGAAGGGGAAUUUCCCGAUGAAGUAAUUGAAUGUAAUCAACCUAUAGAGGUGGUUAGUUACAAAAUUGGGGUCUGCAAGGUUUCUCCAAAGGGCAAGGAUUGUACAACCCUCUUCCAAAAACUAGGCUACAAUGGAAAAACUAGUAUAAUUUUGUGUAAACCCAAAACAGGAAGGAUGCAUCAGAUAAGGGUGCAUUUGCAAUAUUUGGGUCAUCCGGUGGUCAACGAUCCUCUUUACAACCACGAGGUAUUUGGUCCUUUGAAAGGAAAGGGUGGAGACCUCGGAGGUAAAACAGACGAAGAACUAGUCAGAGAUCUGAUUCACAUCCACAACGCUGAGAACUGGCUGGGAAUGGAUGGAGACAGUGAACUGUCUAUGUUCAAUUCUAGAAAGUCAGAUUUAGAUGACUCUUUGGUCGGACCUAUAGUGCCUAAAGAUCCAAUCCUAGCGGACGAAGAAACCACUUCAGGAUCAAGAGAAGCAUCACCAUGCGAAGAACAAACGGAAAACGCGUCUUCGAUAUCCUUGCAAUCUUCCAGAACUUCUCUGAGUACAUCCAGAUCCGUGGAGGUGAAAGUGACGGUAGCGACGCAAACGGGACAUGAGACACCAGAUCUCAGUUUCAAUCUGGACAAAAUGACAGUAGACAGGCACUGCUACGAGUGUAAAGUUAGAUACAGGGACCCCAAACCCCAAGAUUUGGUCAUGUACUUACAUGCGUGGAAAUAUCAAGGUCCAGGUUGGGAGUAUUCCACGGACUUACCCGAUUGGGCCGCCGUCGAUUGGGUGGAGCCCGACGUAUCGGAGUGAUGACUACAAAACAGGCUCUGUAAUCUACCCUAAUGAUCUGACAUUUUUCAUUCGUCAUAUUAUCAGGUCCUUGUAAAAAGAUGUGUAUGCCCGAUCAGGCAGGGUCCAAAAUCAGUAUAUAAUCAUCUUUUCGUUUUCAAAAAUAACUCAUUCAGAAAAUUAUAAACGUAUUUCAGUGCUGACACCUAAGGCUUUUCAACAGUUAUAAUAAUCUACUUCAAAAGUAAAUUUGGAAAAAGUGUGAGAUAAGAAGAAGAUGUCAUUUGAAUAUUUUUCUAUACGAAGUAAUUUUUAUCAAAAUAACGCUGGGGAAAUAAGUAACAUUGUUGUUACUAUCCUCCGCUCAUUUCCCAUCGGAAAAGUACUGAAAUACAAUAUCGUGCCUUGAUUGUCUGUCGUGAAUUGAUUUGCAGGUUUCUUCUUGAAAAUAUAUCUAGUUAAAAUUCAUAUCAGCUUGAUCGGACCCUUGCUACUACUUCUCAUUAGAUUUUAAGAGCCUUCAGAUGAAUCUGACAGAUUUGCCAAUUUGAACAUUCUUGAUGAAAUAUCGAAUUCCGUUAAGUGAAUAUUUGAAACAAUCAGGGCCGGAUUAAGGGGAGGGGAGGCUGGGCUAUAGCCCCGAGGCCUGCACAUAUGAGGAGCUCCCACAAUAAAGAUAAAAAAAUAUUCAAAUUUUAACGGGUGCUGACCCGUCAACUUUUACUCAUGAGUUACAGAGAAAUAAAAUUAAACAAUAUCGGGAGAACGGUUUACCCUGCAGGUCAUCCUUAAAACUUCUACAAGCAAUGAAAAUUAUAUAAAAUAGGCUACGAGCAACGAUGGAACAAAACCAUCUAUCGAAGCUAACAUUACUCAGUAUUGAAAGUGAUUCACUUCGGAAGCUAGAUUUCAGCUAAAUCAUCAACGACUUUCCGUUGAAAAAACUCGCGAAUUUCCAUUCCUUAACAGGGUAAUUUAGUUUAAAAAAAAUAUAUUUGACUUCAACAAACUACUAGCUACAUUCUUUGUUGACAAUAAAUUUCUCAAAAGACUUGGGAGAAAAAAAGUAUUGCUUCUGUUUGGAAAAUAAUCCAUAAUACUCCAGGGCAUCCAGACUUCCAAAAAUCCGGCCCUUGGAACAGUAGUUGAGGUUUUUAUAUGAAUAGUAAACGAACUAGAGUUCCUAGACAAAUAGAGUCUUCCAAAAUUCACAGGAAUAGUGGGUGAGAGUUUGUUUGAAGGUGGUUAUAUCAUAUUAGACAAUGGAAGUCCGAAAUACCGAAGAGCGGGGGUAAGAGUGUGUUGUUCCAGGCUUCCUAUAAUAAAUUGUGUAUACUUCUUGAAUGAAUAUAUUUUUCAUAAUUCCUGUUCUGUUCACGCAUUACUUCUUCCUAUACCUAAUGAAAAAAUACAUUAAUUUCUUUGUUUUGAGAUUUCAUAGUGGUGUUGCACCUUGAAGUGUAAAAUAUCUUCAUCUGAAGGAGAUUUUUGAUAUCGUGAAACCAAAAUUUUAGGUUAAUUUAUCCAUCGAAAUUCACUUUUCUUACAACUCCUUAUCAUAGGUCCCUCCCAUGUAUUUUUAUUGGCUGAAAAUAACUCUCCAUACUUGAUUAUCGCUUAUACAAAAUAUUUUCCUAACACGACAAUUCUAGAUAGUGAUAGACACGAUGAAAAUUCAAAAACGAAAACUGACCUAAAAAAUUUGUGACUUCAGUGGAGUCGACAUUUCGCCAAAUGUGACCUCAAGGGUCAUCAAAAUCUUAGUGGCGCGAAUUUAUCUGGGUUUUCCAUCGGUGCGGCAACACUGUAUCCGAUUUUAAUUCACAAGAUUGUUGUCUCUGUUACAAAUGAGAACAAAUAUCCUAAUACUUGCAGAGAAUUUAGCAUAACAGAUUGAUUACUCUCCAAUUUUUUUUACUGAAUAAAACUUUCAUAUCAAUGACAAACUACCAAUUAGUAACCCAUAAUCAAUUGAAAAUCCAUAAAACAAAAUCGUUUGGCAUUGAAGUUAAACAAAUGACAGGUGUCUGAUGUUCAUUCAGCACACUGUUGUCACUUUUACCAAAAAUAUUCGCCUGAUGAAUAAAUCAACUUCAAAAUAUCAAACAACUAGUCAUGGCGAAAAACGACACAACUGACUGGUGACGUCAACAACAUCUAAGGAAGCAUUUUGGUUUGGCGUAAAAAUGUGUAUUGUACUUUAGGUUAGAAUUCAGCUGUUCACAUUUUAUUCGCUUUUGAGCAAAGAAACGAUACAUGUAAGUUGCCCCUUCCCUUUAUUUAUGCCAUGUUAUGAUGAUAAAUAAAAUGUAUUUUUUGAGUUGGCUACACUGUGUAUUUGUUACUAGUGUCAGUUGUCACGUGUACUGUUCACGACAUAACCUCUAGUGAAUAUUAUGAAAUGAAAAUGACUUUCAAACGGCAAAGAAAACUUAAAAAUGGUUUUUUAUAACAACACUUCUUCUGAGACGAUUUCACUCAUCUCAGCAUGUAACCUAAUUCUUUGUUUUUCCGGAGUUUUCCAUUGCCACCUUCAUGCGCUAAUGGGCCCUCGAAUAUUGCUAGACUUAUGCGUCAUUACUGCAGUGUUGCCAACAGACAUCGGUCACGUUUUUGCACGCAAAUGUUCAUGAUUACACCCUCUCUGGACACCCUCUUUGACAUUGAAAAGUAGAGGCAAGAAAAUUUUUUUCGUAAGUCUUUAACGGUAAAUUAGCACAGAUUGAAAUAUCGUGACCUCGAAACCACCUGUUAAGAGAAUGUAUAUAGUUGAUUCUGCUAAUUACACGGCUGACGGAACUGGGAAUAGCUCUAAUGCACCCUUGACUCUCUUUCAGUACUUGUGUAGCUUUUGUUCGAUGCAUUGCCAUCUCAUGUGCUAUCGGGAAAAAUGUCCUGAAGUAGGGGAGUCAAAACAUCUGUUAAUGAAAAUGGUAAAUUAUUAGUUGCCAGAAGGCCUGCUAAUUUGAUUUCUGCUAGUCUCGUUUUUUCAGACAAUGGAUUAUUCAAUAACUUCGAUAAAUCUGAAGAGGUGGAAACUUGUUUCUCUAGAGAUUUAUGUUUUGUAGAUUGUCUGUGUUUCAACAAGGUUGCCUUAUGAGGUAGAAUAUGUACUUGGCAUAAUUUGCAAAAGCCUGACAUUCUUUAUGUUUUCCCAUAUCUUUUGACUUCGUCAACCAAUUUUUCAAAUUUGAUUCUUGCAACCAACACUCACAAAAUUUAUAUUUUCUAGUUUUCUUCGUAUUUUUCACUUCUGACUCAAUAGUAUCGUCAACCUUAAUACUAGAUGUACUUGGCGCUACUAAAAAUUCUGAUGAAGACAUUUUACAUCUAUUUUCAGGUUUAUUAUUCUUCUUCUCAUUUCUCUCUAAUAUGAGCUACUUCAGAAAUUACACGCAAAAUUCCAUUACACGCAUAUUACACGCAAGGGGUGAAAAUUACACGCAUUUCAUGUAAUUACACGCAAAUUGGCAUCACUGCAUUACUGGCCUAACCGCAUUAUUUCGAAAUGUGAAAGGGGAGCCAUAACAUAACAAUCUGUAUCAAACAAUCUCUUGCAAUUGCUCGAUUGCAGUAUUUUGAUGAUAAAUUGAUUUUGAUGACUACAUACCUACAACCAAAAAUCAAUUUGAUUAAGUAUUCACACUGAUAUUCAACAAUUUAUAUUCGAAUAGAUUGGCAACAUUGCUGUUUUUUUUUAAUUUGACAUAAUGUGACAGUAUUGCAUUUUCCGCAAUUUUAGAUCAUUAGGACCCAUAAUUUGUAUUUCACUAGAAGAAUAUUGACAACAUUAAUUUUCUCAGUGUCUCAUUAAGACACAAUACCAAAAUAUGCUAAAUUUUAUUAUUCUGUCUGUCUGUUGGGUAGGAAAAGUGAUUGUAAGCCCACAGUACUUAGGCCACAUGUGACCCAUUGUACAUGGAUUGAGCAUGGGUGUAAGAUUUGGCUAGUUUCGCAAUUGUCGAAGUUAUCAGGCCGUAGGUGCUACUGGUUUUUUUUUUAUUUGUAUAUCCUUUUCUCUUGGAAAACUUCCUGAAAAUUGAGUUGAAUUCAGUGACACUUGAAAAAAUCAUUCAGAGCAAUAGUCAACUGUGACACGAGAAAUAUCUUUCUGAAAUAACAAAAAACAAGGCACUGAAAUAACAAAAAACAAGGCACUGACAUAACAAAAAACAAGGCACUGAAAUAAAUAUCAAUUACAAACGCAGUGUUGCUACUAUUUCUAUUAAAAUUUGGAAAAAUGUUUCAUAUACCUACAUCCAAAAAUCAUUACUGUUUGAUUCAGUUUAAAUUAUACUUUCUGAUGAAGAAAACUACUGGUGGUUUCCAUUUCAUUGUUUAAUUAAAUACAUUGUCAUUCUUUUGACAUGUUAUUCAACUUGAAUGUAUCCGAAACGAAAUUAUAAGCAAAUGGCAUAUCUUUCAGAUUCAUUCAUCGGCAGCAUACCUAUGAAUAGUAUCGGUUAGUCACUGACUGGGAUUGUUUGGUUUGUAAAAUAAUUCUUAAGUAAAUAUAUUCCCUUGAUAGUUUCAGUAUUCUUGUAGGUAAAUGAUUUAAUACUGUGUAGAUAAUCGACAAAGAUGAAGGAAGUUUGACUGAUUCAUUCGCUAGUUCUCAAAUACUCUGUGAGAGAGAAAAAAAAUAUCAAUUUACCUGACAUUGGAACAGUCCAACACAGUUUGGACAUCUGUUUCAGCAUAUCUUUUUGACAGGUAUGGUGGAGACGUUGUCAAUGUGCAUAUCAGUAAUGCCAACAUAGAACUUACCAAAAUAAUGUUCCUAGCAACAGGAACAGGUUAGCUGAUAACUGCAAUCAACUAAGGAACAGAUUGAUGUGUUUAAUCUGAUCAUCGUCCUGAUAAAGUAUCUAAUGAAGCAAUUAUAUAUCUAAGCGAUAUCUAAAAACUUAUAAAUGAGGCUUCUGAAUUUCGUCCUGUACACAUAUGGAUUCGAUGUACAUCAAAUAAACGAAUGAGGGAGUAGAAACAGCUCACCCUGAAUAUCCAACAACAAAACUAUGAAGUCCUGUCUCCAAGUUUAAUCUUUCGUUAGGCAUAUUUCUAAUCGUCGAGACGGAAAAGUUCAGAAAAUGUAAUAUUGGAAUAAUUGGUUCCAUGUAGAACGAACAAUCAUGUUCCUUCAUCUUCCAGCCUACAUUUCAUUGAUGGAAAAAAGACAUUUUGUAAUUGUUUGUGAUAUUUUUAUGCUAACUUCGUCUUGAAUGUUCAUUUUCAUUCCUCAUGGGUGGUUUAUUAUUUGGAGUGUUUUACUUGAUAUAAGUUUAGUCAGUGCUAACUUGGAAUGUUGUAAAAAACGCAUAUACAGGGCAUAUGGAAGCACGAAUUAUGAUCGGUGAAGAUUUUCGUCAUUGUCUCAUUCUAUUGGUCUUCGGGGUUCCCCUGUAUCAUGCGUAAUGUAAAUAUCUAGUGACUUGUAUGAAAAUGAAAAAAAAAGUAAAAAUACACUUCAUUGCAACUGGGUUCAUAAAAUAGAUCCCACUGGUAUAAUGCACCUCAGAUUUUUCGAAUGUAACGUUUUUUUUUCAUGUUCUUCAAUAAUAAUCAAACAAAAUCAACGAUGCUACAUUAUUGAAAGAUAAUUAUCGAUAAAACUCGUGCAGACAUGCCAGUGUGACUUUAAAGACAAUUAUAGGGACCUAAGUACUCUACGAUAAAAAAUAAGUUUAAGAUAAUCAAAAACAUUGUUUGCUGGCAAGAACUGUACUAUGUAAAUCUCCAAACAUCUAACGACAUUCUUCAGUUGACAAAACCAAUUUCCACACUAUUCUGUUUCAUACUAAGGAGAAUUUAUAUAGAUAAAUUAUCUAAAACGGAGAAUUUGAAGUACUCUAUACAGAUUGUAAUCAAAAUAUUCACAAUAAACCCGAAACAAUGUAUUUUUCAAAAUCAAAAAGGGUUUUUACUGAGCAUUUAUUUUAAUCUUCAGUUUUCCGUUUGAUUAUUUCUUGUCAAAGGAAAAUAUUCGUUUACAAUAUUCGAUUUCCACAAAAAAACGCUCCAUUAGAAACCAAAGUAGCUCGACAGGAAACAGUUUUUGACAUGAGACGACUGUGUACUUACUCCCAUCAAAGGAAUCAAUUUUCCUUACCAAAUACAUUAGCAUAAUUGAAAAUCUAACUUUAUAUUAGAAAAAAAGAAAAACAAAUAUGUGAUGUGUUGAAACUCAAUGUCGAUACAAAUUUUCACAACCUACCCCACACCUGACACCAAAUUGCUUUGACACGCAGCAAUUAUUUUUCUGGCACGAGUCGAUGAAUGCAUAAUAAUGAAUUGUUGUUGUGUCUUUUCUGAAUAAUAAAACGGCUAGCGUAGUUUGUGCUUCGGACUACAUACUUUUAUUUCAUGUCUUAGUUGAGACAACUGAGUCAUAAUUUGUACCAUGCUUCACUUCCAUAAAAACAUCCUCUUAUAAAUGUGUGUAUACUUUCUCAUUCAUUAGGAUUUUUAUGAGUUGUUCGAGACAUUCUAUACUUGUUUCAGCUAGUCAAAGGCUUCAGACAUUCCAAAGUGAUACAGAAAAUCAACGGUCGAUAAUUUAUAUUCAUCUGAAAGUACAGUUAGAAAAAGUUAAAAAAAUAUCAAAAGGAUAUCAUUCAUUAAUAUAAGCUGUGUGAACACGUCCCAUCGAUUGAAUCAAGUCCUGAGGUAGAGGGAACCUUGUAGAAAUAUUUCUGUCGAAAUAUGUAUUUCAUGUUGUCAUUAUCAGUAAUUGCUAAGAGCAAUAUUUUAUUUCUCUUUCAAAGAAAUUCAACACAUCCAGAAUAUUUGGAAAGAUCAAAUGAAUAACAAUGUCUCAUGAGUCAAAAAUCUGUUCCUCAAGCGUUGAUAGAGCUAUUGCAACAUAUUUUGUUUUUUUCCUUACCCACUGAGAUUCCACAAGCUGAAUCAAUAAUAUUGAUAUCGGAUUUGUGGAACAAGUUAUGAAAUAUCUGAAGCGAACUCACAAGCGACGUAUAAACUUUUUCGAAACGCAUUUAACAUGCAUAUCUUUUAGCUAGCAAAAUUAAAGAAUAUUCUAAAAUUCAUACAAUCCAUAUGAGCUUAACAUUGUAAGUAAUCUUUUGUAAAUUUUUAAAUGGAAAAUGAUAAAUUUCGAUUCAGCUUAGAGCUUUUAUUUUGAAGUUAGGGUAGCUGCAGAUAUAGUGGAAAACAAAAAUUUGACAAAUCUUGAAGAAUUCAAAAUAUUUUCUUAACCGUAGUAAAUAGUCGCAUGAUAUGUAUGAAAACACUGGUUUGUUAUUGAAACAUUUCAUUUUUUGAGAGAUGUAGUGUUUUAAAUUUCACCGCUUCUGGUCCAAGAAAACCCGUAAUGUUCGAUGUUUUGACCAGCGCAUAAUCUUAUUGUUGUUAUUUUGUGAUUUGUAAAAGACAGUAUUGUGUUGAGCCUAUAUACAUAUGCGUCACUCACGUUUAUUGUUUAUUGACGAAUAUAGUUUAUUUCAUAGUGUAAAUUAAUUUUACAUUCUUAGUAGUGAUUACUAGCAAAAAUGGCCUGCUUUGAUUUUAUUGAGAAUUAAUAAAUUCCGUUCACAACUAUGUCUGCUUUGAAAAUAAAGUUCAAGAUGAUGUGUAAUCAUGAAGUCAUUGUCAAGGAAAAUCGGGUGGAGUCAUUUUUGCAUUUUAUGUAUUUGUAACCAGUUCAUGAAAUACAAGACAAAUUUCAAGAACGAAUGGAAAUUUUUGCGAUCAUUUUGUAGUUAUAGUGUGUAAUAUACUUGGAUUGAACAAA